UUUUUAUUGGGAAAGGGCCGAAGUCAACCGAGCCACCGUUCCUCUGCGUGCGCUUUCGCACGCUCGCUUUGUCUCCCGCUCCGUGCCGUCGUCUCCUCCGCCAGUCCGCCUUGGGAUUCUCGUAGCUGGAAUUUGCUCAGAUUGCACGCCUCCGAUGACGAGGUUGCAGAGCAAACGCCAGGGUGACGCUGUGCCGCCUGGAUUGGCCGAGGAACCCCCUGCGUCUACCGUCUCCGAGUCCGAGCCGAUGGAGUAUGCAGCCGUGCCGCCGCCUCAGAUCCAGAAGGAGGUUCCUUCGGAUAGGCCCGUCCGCGUCUACGCUGAUGGGAUCUACGAUCUUUUCCACUUUGGGCACGCCCGGGCUCUCGAACAAGCCAAAAAGUCAUUUCCAAACACCUAUUUACUCGUGGGUUGCUGCAAUGAUGAAAUAACCCAUAGAUACAAAGGGAAAACGGUCAUGACAGAAUCUGAGCGCUAUGAGUCGCUUCGUCAUUGCAAGUGGGUGGAUGAAGUGAUUCCAGAUGCUCCAUGGGUUAUCACAAAGGAGUUCCUUGACAAGCACCAGAUUGACUAUGUUGCUCACGACGCCCUUCCAUAUGCAGAUGCAAGUGGAGCUGGAAAUGAUGUUUAUGAAUUUGUUAAGUCGGUUGGAAAAUUUAAGGAGACAAAACGGACAGAGGGCAUAUCUACCUCAGAUAUUAUAAUGAGGAUUUUGAAAGAUUACAAUAAGUACGUGAUGCGCAAUUUAGCGAGAGGAUAUACAAGGAAAGACCUUGGUGUGAGCUAUGUGAAGGAGAAGCAAUUGAGGGUGAACAUGGGCAUAACUAAGUUGCGUGAAACAAUGAAGGCUCAGCAAGAAAAGCUACAUAUAGUAGCUAAAAUUGCUGGGAUGCAUCGGGAUGAAUGGGUAGAAAAUGCCGAUCGUUGGAUUGCAGGAUUUCUUGCAAAAUUCGAGGAACACUGCCAUAUCAUGGAGACCGCCAUCAAAGACCGAAUUCAGGAGAGGCUCAGGAGACAGUCAAGCAAAGAGAUGGAUGCCGAUCUUCUGCAAGAACCGUUAGCCUCAUAGGAAUAGUAUGCUUGAGUAAGGUUCCCUUGUAAUUGAGUGGUGUUGAUCUGGUUGAAUGACCACGUAAUGCAAAAGCUCUAGGAAGAAUCAGUUAAGAGUGCAUCAGAUACAUAUAAAAAUAUGUGAGUGGCCACUUGCAGGGUCUAUCGCUGUCAUUUUUUUUUCCUUCUCCCGCUACAAGAAUAACUCACCGUCACCAUGUUUACGAAUGACAAUAAAUAAUGAUAUAGUUUUUUUUGGUCUAA